AGGCCGGGGCGGGGGCAGCGGCUCGGCUGCAGUAUGGCAGCGUCCCGCAGGACCGAGGAGCCGCUGGCGCGGAGAGAUACAGAAUCUAUUUUGGAGCCUCUAUCUCUACCAGAAGCUUGCAGUGUUGCUGCUGUAGCAAGUUCUCCCGGUGUGCCUUGUAUUUUCUGUGAAGAAUGCUAUCUCUUAGCAGAACAAAACCAGCUCCUGAAACACAUGAUUAUUGAACACAAGCUUGUCAUAGCAGAUGUGAAACUGGUUGCGGAUUUCAGAAGAUACAUCUUGUACUGGAAGAAGAGGUUUGCAGAACAGCCCAUCACAGACUUUUGCAGUGUGAUAAGAACAAAUUCACAAGCCCCAUUAGAAGAGCAGGACAAUUAUUUUCUUCUAUGUGAUGUUUUACCAGAAGACAGAUUACUUAGAGAACAGCUUCAACAAAAGAAACUGAGAGACAUUCUUGAACAGCAACAACGAGAGAGAUAUGACACAAGUUUUCGUAGCAUGUGUAUGUUCUGUGAUCAAGAAUUCACAGGAAACAGAUCCAUCCUUCUCAAUCACAUGGCAAGAGAGCAUGCUUUUAACAUUGGGUUGCCAGAUAACAUUGUGAAUUGCAGUGAGUUUUUGGCUGUAUUACAGGAGAAGCUCGACAAUUUGCAGUGUUUGUACUGUGAAAAAGUCUUCAGAGACAAAACCACACUUAAAGAUCACAUGAGAAAGAAGCAGCAUCGCAGAAUCAAUGCCAAAAACAAAGAUUAUGACAAAUUUUAUAUCAUUAAUUACUUGGAAUUUGGAAAGUCCUGGGAGGAAGUACAGUCAGAGGAUGACCGAGAAUUACUGGAUAACUUAGAAGAAGAUUGGUCUGACUGGGAAGAGCAUCCUGUAUGUGCAGUUUGCUUGUUCUGUGAACAACAAGCAGACACCACAGAAAAACUGUAUCUUCACAUGCAGAAAUCACAUGGAUUUGACUUUCCUAAAAUAAAGUCAGUGCAUGGUCUGAACUUCUAUCAGCAAGUAAAGCUGGUAAACUUCAUUAGAAGAGAAAUCCAUCAUUGUCGUUGUUACAACUGCCAGGAGAAAUUUCAGUCUAAAGAAGGACUGAUAAGUCAUAUGGAAAAGACCAAACACAUUACGUUCCUGCCAGCCAGAUCUACAUGGGAUCAACCACAGUAUUAUUUUCCUACCUAUGAAAAUGAUACACUCUUAUGUACUCUGUCAGACAGUGAAGAUCUGAUAACUGAGGAUCAAAGUGAAGACAUCCCUGUCGUAAGUGAAGAUAUAUCCAAUCUAAAAGCUCUCAAACAGAGCAGUGUUUUAAACCAGCUCCUGUAUGAAGAGAACAAGAGUCAGGAAAAAUCCUAACCUUGAAUUACAGCUGCUGAUCAUUGCAUGUUUCUUCUGGAAGAGGACAAAAACCCAUAUUCUCUCAGUAAUAUUGGAAUACAAUUUAACUUGCAAUUAUUAUCACUGGGAAAAUGUUAUAUAAAUGGGAAUGCCAAAUAAACAUGUAAACAUUUCUGGUUUACCUUUCUUUAAAUUCUAGGUUUAUUUUAAAAUAAGAUGCUGAAUUUUCCACUUAGCUUUCUAAAUACUUUGUUAUUUACAAGUAGGUCUUUUCAUCUUUUUUAUUUUGAUUAUUAUUUUCUGAAUCAGAGUUAUACUUUAAGACUAUGUUGUGAAAGGCACAAACAAUUGAGACAGACAAUGUGAGCCAACAAAUUAAUCUUCUCUGUGUUAUUGCUGUUAGCAUAAGAAAAGAGCCUCAGUUUUAUUCUUGGUCCAUUAAGCACAUUUUCUGGUUUUAAUGCUAGAUCUUUUUCAAAGUGAAAACAGAUCUGUAUAUCUCUGAUUCAUCAUCAAUAUGUAAGAUACUCUCUUCUGAAAUUUGGCUCAGAAAUAUCAGUAAAACCCAUGGAUAUUUGACUGCAUGGAAAGCUGCCAGUCCAAUGCCUAAAAAUGCAUAGGGACAAUUGCAAUCUCGGUUGCAUCAACGAUCUAAAGAAUUUAAAGUAGACUUCUUGUACAGCCAUGACUUGAAAUACAAAAGAAAUUACUUAGGGCAUUGCAGACACAUAAAUCCAUGAAUCCAAAAUAAAUCCUCAAAAUGUCAA